AUUUUAUCAAAAUCAUAUAAUUAGUUUUUGAAUAUAAUAUUACGUUACAGAUGCGGCACGAACUUUGUUUUACAUAUAUAUAAUAUUGUUUUAUUUUUUUUUGUUUCUUUUUUUAAUUGCAAUCAUUUUAAUUGAUAAUCCGCUGCUACUGGUCAUAGCAUAAUGCUCUAUAGCCCAUAGCCUUCCUCGAUACAAUUGAUAAUAAUCUAUUUUGUAUUAAUAAAAAUCUAGCGCAUAUCGGUCGCUCAUUAAUACCUUUUAUUACAGCCGGCCGUGACAAGAAUACUCUUCCCCCUCGCGGCCCGGCACACGUCCCGAUGUGCGGUGUGCUUGAUCUAUCAAUCUCUUUAAUAAUCUCAUGUGACCUUUUAUACUAAACUCGUGUGUUUCGUCUUUCUGAUGUAUAGGUAAAUGGUGCUUAUAUACUAAUAUGGUACGUGGCGUACAUGACUUAUCAACUUAUGUAAGUCUACGUGAUAUUAUGUGUCUCGUUUCAUCUGGCCAUAAACUUUUGGAAAAGUGGUGACCCCUACGUGAUAUUAUGUGCGACGUGGUCGCUACAGUAUUUAUAUAUUAAUGUUGAAUAAUAGUAUGGAUGAUCGAAAUAAAAAUAAUAUGCAACAAUUUCAUUUACAAGCUUCUUAGGCAUGUAGUUUACGCACUAUUUAUUGUGCCAGAAUUUUUCGUUAUUUAUUCCUCUCUUUCUGAAAGUCUUAAAAAAGAAGUUUUCGUUAGAUGUUUAAUGUGGUUCUAAAUUGCAGUAGACUAAAUGAAGCUAUAACCCUGGAGGAGCGGCAGUCUUCCGGCUCUCACGGCAACCGUCGUGACGUGGCCGUGCAGGCGAAGCGCAAAAUGUCUUUAGCGGCGCAUGCUGCGCCGGACUCUCACAUGACGGGCCACCGCCGACUGCGCCGCACUCGUGCGUCCACUGCAAAACAAGAAUACAAAGUGCCCUUAAAUAACACAGUCGUGCGCAAUGAUGAAGCGCGCGAGUGGGUGGGCGGCGUGCGUGCGCUUCGAGACUCUCAUGUACGUCUCGUACUCCGCGAGCUGCGCCACAUCGAACGGCUGAAUCAUGCGCUCGACGUUGCUGGCACCGCGGCUGGGCAUAACGCCCCGCGUACGCUUUUAUAAUGGCACGCGGCGCAAAUUAUAAUGUUCUCAACGCUCAAUUUUUUUUUUUUUUUAUGUUGAAAUAAUAAAAUUUGUCA